AUGCCUCAUUCAGAGGACAAAAUUCGCAUCGCGAUUGCUGGCGGAGGCAUCGGAGGCCUCUGUCUUGCAGUUGGUCUGAUGGAAUACCCCAACCUGGACGUACACAUCUAUGAAGGUGUACCAAAAUAUACCGAUAUUGGUGCCGGACUUGCAUUGCACAAAAACGCUAUCACUGCCAUGGACCUUAUCCACCCUGCGAUAAAGAAGACAUACUUCGCCAAAGCUCUUACCAUGGCCGGAGAGGAAGACGAGGAGAUGGUGACACAAGUCAUUCUUGUGAGCGGACCCAACACCGGCGAAGUAGUCGCAGAAUUGGGCAAAGCAAAAGGUCGCAGGACCGUGGCUAGAUCGGACUUGCUUGAUGGUUUGCUGGCUUUGUUGCCGAAGGAUCGUGUUUCUUUUGGCAAGAAGCUCGACAGUAUCAAGGAAGACGAUGCCAGCGGCAAGGUUACACUCACAUUCAAGGAUGGUACCACAGCAGAAGCUGACUGUCUGCUUGGUGCGGACGGCGUCCAUAGUGGGACUCGCAAACAUAUCCUUGGACCGGAUCACCCAGCCGUACCGCCGAAGAACCCUGACGGCUGGAGGGUACACUCGCGCCAAGUACCCAUGGAUAUCGCGAUGAAGACAAUCGACUCGAAGUGGAGGCGAACAGUGCCAAUCCUGUGUGGUAAAGAGGGUCAUGUCAACAUGAUGCCUCUCCACAAGGGUGAGAAAUUGAGCAUUAUUUGCGUGACACGUACUGGUAUCGCGAGCGAUGGCAGUCUCGCACCCUUCGAGAAGGAGCGCUUUGCAGAUUACCGCGAGGAUGCAAAAGCCGCUGUCGAGCUUGUUGCGGAGGAUCCUCAUAUUACCUGGGAGCUUCAACAACAUGAGCCCGCACCCUAUUACAACCGUCGCAACAUUGCUGUAAUGGGAGAUGCAGCACAUGCAUGCAUGCCGUUCGUCGGACAAGGUGCAGCUCAAGCCAUCGAAGACGCCGCAGUCCUCACCGCGCUCUUCCGCCGUCUGGAUUCAGUCUCGCAGAUCGAGAAAGUUCUGAAAGCCUAUGAUCAAGUUCGAAGGCCUCGUGCACAAGCAGUCGUUACCAUGGGCUGUGACUUUGGCCGCCUGUACGAUUUCGCGCUACCAGGUGUCGAGGAUGACCCAGUCAAGAUGAAGCAGUUCAUGGGCAAAGCGGCUGCUUUCACCAAUAACGCCGAUUUGGAGAAGCAGAACCAAGACGCGCUGGAUGCGUUCGAGGCUUUGAUGUAG